AUGCUGCUCUUGGAUGAGAACCAAGAGGUGCUGACCCUGGUCACCAAUUCGUUGAAAAACCGGGGCCUUGCUGACAAGUCCAGUGACUUAAAUCAUUCCAACCAGUACAUCGUCGGCCUCGCCCUCUGCACCUUGGGUAACAUCGCCUCCGUCGAAAUGUCCAGAGACCUCUUCACCGAAGUCGAAAGCCUCCUUGGUACGGCUAAUCCUUAUAUCCGACGGAAGGCCGCCUUGUGUGCCAUGCGCAUCUGCCGCAAGGUCCCCGAUUUGCAGGAACACUUCCUGGAGAAAGCUAAGAUGCUCCUCUCGGAUCGGAAUCAUGGCGUUUUGCUUUGUGGGCUGACUUUGGCCAUCGACCUUUGCGAGCACGCGGAGGAGUCGGAGGACGGCGCUGAAGGUGUGAUCGAGACAUUCCGGCCGCUGGCGGGCGGGCUUGUCCGCACCCUGAAGAGCUUGACGACCUCUGGAUAUGCGCCCGAGCAUGAUGUCUCCGGCAUCACCGAUCCAUUCCUCCAGGUCAAGAUUCUGCGCUUCCUUCGAGUGCUAGGAAGGGGAGACUCAGCCACGAGUGAGCUCAUGAACGACAUUCUGGCCCAGGUUGCAACCAACACAGAGUCGUCGAAGAACGUUGGCAAUGCCAUCCUGUAUGAAGCCGUCCUCACCAUCCUCGACAUCGAGGCGGAUUCUGGCCUCCGCGUCCUGGGUGUCAAUAUCCUGGGCAAAUUCCUCGCUAAUAAGGACAACAACAUCCGAUACGUGGCCCUGAACACGCUGCUCAAGGUCGUCGCCGUCGAACCCAACGCCGUUCAGCGCCACCGCAACACCAUCCUAGAAUGCUUGCGCGACCCGGACAUCAGCAUCCGCCGACGGGCUCUCGAUCUGAGCUUUACUCUGAUUAACGAGAGCAACGUCCGAGUUUUGGUGCGGGAACUGCUCGCGUUCCUGGAGGUGGCUGACAAUGAGUUCAAGCCGGUUAUGACGACCCAGAUCGGCAUUGCAGCGGAUCGGUUCGCGCCCAACAAGCGGUGGCAUGUCGAUACAAUGCUGCGAGUCCUGAAACUGGCUGGGAGCUAUGUCAAGGAGCAGAUCCUGUCGUCUUUCGUGCGCCUCAUCGCCACGACGCCGGAGCUGCAGACGUAUGCUGUGCAGAAGCUCUAUGCCAGUCUCAAGGAGGAUAUCACCCAGGAGGGUCUCACGCUUGCGGCCGCCUGGGUCAUCGGGGAAUAUGGAGACGCCCUUCUCCGUGGCGGCCAAUAUGAGGAAGAGGAGCUGGUCAAGGAGGUCCGGGAGAGCGACAUCAUCGACCUGUUCAUGAACAUCCUCAAUAGCACCUAUGCCACGCAGACCGUCACGGAAUAUAUCACAACCGCGGCGAUGAAGCUCUCAGUCCGGAUGUCGGAUCCGGCGCAAGUGGAGCGAAUCCGCCGUUUCUUGGCCAGCCGCACGGCCGAUCUCAACGUCGAGGUGCAACAGAGGGCGGUCGAGUAUACCAAUCUUUUCGGGUAUGAUCAGAUCCGACGGGGCGUUCUUGAGCGAAUGCCGCCGCCGGAAAUCCGGGAAGAGCAGAGAGUGCUUGGGGAGCCGACCAACAAGCGGCAGAGCCGGAUGCUGAAGGACAAGUCAAAGAAGCCGCCGAAACAAACGGAGGACAUGCUGCUAGACCUCAUGGGCGACGCCGCUCCCACGACCACGCCUGCUGUCAACGGUACUUCCCAAAAUACGGCAGAUUUGUUGGCCGAUAUUCUCGGCGGCGGAGACUCAUCGGUCUCGUCGCCGGCUCCUUCGCAGGCUCCUUCGCAGCCAGCACCUUCGUCCAAUACCAGUGCGAUGAUGGAUCUACUCGGUUCAAAUGGGGCGGCACCUUCCGCACGUCCUCAGGUUCAGUCCCCUGCCUCCACCUCCGCGUCUCAAGACCUCUUAGGCGGUUUGGGCGGCGCCGCGUCUCCUGCUCCAGCCGCUUCGCCAUCUGCUGGCCCAACGGCGCACACGGCAUUCAGCAAAGACGACCUCGUUCUCACGCUGCAGGCGCAGCGCAAUCCCAACGGCACCGGUGCGCAGGUCCUGGCUCGGUUCCGCAACGCCUCCAAUUUCAACCGGUUCACCAGUGUUGGACUGCAGGCGGCCGUUCCCAAGAGCCAGCGGCUACAACUCAGCGCGAUCACCAAGGCGGAUCUUGAUGGAGGAGAGGAGGGAACUCAGGGGAUGAAGAUUGCUGCCAUCAAUGGGCCUCUGCCGCCUAAACUUCGUCUGCGUCUCCGCAUCACUUACUCCAAAGACGGAGCAGCUCCUGUUACAGAGCAGGUGGAUUGGACGGAGCCAUGA